AUGCUCGUCCACCGUGCAGAAACAGGGACGACAUACUGCUACUCCCCCUCCUCCUCCUCCUCCUCAUCACUAACAACCUCCCUCGCCCAGCUCACCUCUAUCCCAAACCCACACGACGCUCUCCUCCUCCUCCCAGAUGGGGAGCCAUACAGGGGCGAACAAGCUCCCGAAGUAUGGGUCUUCGAUCUGGGUCUUAUGAGGGAGAGUGGCAUGGGAGGGCUAGGGUUGGGGUCAUUAGAGGAACCUGGGAUCAGAGAAACAUCCCCUUCCUUCACAAGGCCCUCUACCUACCUCCCCCCCGCUCAGUCGCACCUCUCCACCCUCUCCCUCCUCCUCCCCACAUUCAGCACCCAACACACCGCCCUAACCCUCGCAACCCGCACCCUCCACACGCACACGUACAACCUCACUUCCGCCCUGUCCGCCUUCUCCCCCCUAGCGACCCGAGCCCUCGAAGCCCAAAGGGACCUCCUCGCCUCCCAUAGCCUGAGCAUGCAGAUCAACGCCCGCGUGCCUAUCCACCCUGAGUUCAGGAGGAGGUUCGUCAAGCCCUCCCCGCGCAGGGAGACACUGGCAGACUUUGUCAGCCAGGAACGCAUGGCAGUCGUCUAUGGACAAUGUGAGCACGUGUUUGUAGAACUGGCACAGCGCUGGGUGGAGGUGAAAAGGAGGGUGGAAGAACUUGCUGAGGGGGAGGAGAGGGCGAAUGCGGCUCUGGUGAACUUUGUACCGAAGGAAGCGGAGCUGGCUUAUGCGCGCGCGACUGAGGCGCUCAGGAGAGUCCAGCAGCUCGUGGAGGAUCAUUCUGACGAAGAGCCAGAAACAGAAGCCGCCUGGGCAGAACGAGAUCAAGUGAUGACCGAACUCCGCACACUCGAUAACCAGAUCCGCGCCGACCUCCGCCUAGUCACAUCCCUCAAGAACGCCUCUACCCGCACCGUACUCAACACACUGCGACUCGUCUCCUCCCUCCAGAGCUCAAUCUCCCUCCUCCCCCCCGUCCUUAGGUCACUCGAGCAUUCCCUGCGAGCAAACUCGCUCCCCUCCUCCUCCGCAUCCGGCGGAGCCGGCUUUCCCCAUCUCCAGAAAGUCCAUCGUUGGCUGUACGCUUACGGGUGUACGAUCCUGGAACUUGUGCGGCGGGGCGAGUUCCGCAGGUUCUUUCACGCCAGGAGCAAGUCACUCGCCGAACUGAUGCACAAGCUUACGGCGCGGGAGCAUUCCCGUCGCCAGGCGUUUCAGGCUGAUGUUGCUGGCUUACUGCCCUUCGAGAUCAGGGGGUUUGGGGAUACGGACGAUCCUGUUCCUGCGCUGGAGGUUACUGUCCUCGGUGCUGGUGCGGGUGGAGGUAUGGGGGAGGGGUUGGGAGAGUGGGGGUUGGGAAGGGGAGACGUAGAGAGCGUCAUGUCCCUUGUGAGAGAACUCGAGCGACUCCCUUUUCCCGAAAGGGGGGAAGAGCUAGCUCUCUACCCUCUUUCUCCCAGCACCACCAACGCGGACCAGCAGCCCCCACGCGUGCCAUUGCACCCAGCGACUGAAGCCCGCCUCUUGCUCGAGAAACAUCUUGCCCGUAUGCAGGGGUUAGAAGAAACGUUUGACAGGCUAGCAGAGCGCGCUUUGCUCCUCUCGACCUACACCGGCUCGGGCUCGGGCUCGGGGGGCAAACCCCAGCGUCCUCGUACGAUAUCCGAAGUCUCCGGUUACCGGGAAACGCUCAAUGAGCUAAAAGAGCUCAAGCGGCAGCAUUCCGAGUCCACAAACGCUCGGGAAUCCGAGCGUCUCCUGCUCUCCGACGAGCUAGCAGCACUCCAAGCUGAGCUCACCCUCUCCCAAGCGCAGGGGGACGACCUACGCCUUCGUGCGGAGAGGGCGGAAUCGGAGUUGGCAAACCUGCGCGUGUUGGCGGAAAGCGAUCGGAGUGUGCGCCAAACGCUCGAGAGGAGGAACAUGGAGCUUCGCAAGGAUUUGGCGCAUACGGGGGCGCAGCUCGAUCAGGCUCUGCAUGAGGGGUCGGCUCAGACAGGGGAGAUGGAAGCGCUUCGCCAGGAACUGCUGCAUGCGAGGGAGGAGUUCGAAAGGGUUAGAGCGCUGCAGGAAGAGAGUGCUGCCCAGGCUGGCAAGCUGCUCGAUGCGCAAGCGGAGAUGCUUCGCGAGCUGGAGGAAGCGAGGAGUCGAGGAGAGGAUCUGGAGAUGAGGAUCGAGCGUGCGCGUGCAGAGGGGCAGAAGGCUAGUGAUUCCCUUGCUGAGGCUGGGCUGGAGAAGGACAGACUGGUUAAGCAGCUCGCGAGUGAGGCUGAGCGUAGGCUGAGAGAUCAGCGUGCGGAGGCUGAUGGGGAUAGAGCGGUGUUGGAGAGGCAUUAUUAUGAGCUCUCUGCGAGGGUCGAGGCUCUGGAUUUGGAGUUGAAGGAGCUCAGAGGGAGGGAAGAGGUCCAAACUGCGGAUUUGGAGGAAGCGAGGGCGAGACUUCGGGCUGCAGAGGGGGAGCGCGAGGGGGCGCGCGUCGGUGCCCAGGAAUGGGAGACGGAGAGAGUUCGUUGGAGGGAGAGGGAGAGCACCUUCCUCGAGAUUGUGGCUCUUGCGGGUGCGUAUCGGGAUACCUGUGCGAAGCUGUUCAACGCUGUCCAGGCUAGUGCUGCUACUGCUCUCCCCGGCGUGUCGAGAGCCGGAAACGGGACGGGCGAGUUGGGCACUACUGCCCCCAAACAGGCGCAGGCGCAGGCGCAUGUGCCUGUCCUCUUCCCCCCUAUCGACCCGGAUGACGCCUCUUCCGCUCUCUCGGCACUGCGCGCAUUCCCCCUCGCCGCAUUCUCAGACUCUGUCCUCAAGACCGGGUCUACCAUCCGGCGAUGGCAGAAGAACACCCGGGAGUAUCGAGAUCGCGCUAAAGGCCGGAUCUCGUACCGCAAUUUCGCGAAAGGGGACUUGGCACUCUUUCUCCCUACGAGGAAUAACGUCGCUAAGCCUUGGGCGGCAUUUAAUGUUGGCUUCCCGCAUUUUUUUCUGGACCAGAGGAAUGGGGUGAACAGGGCGCUCGAAGGCCGGGAUUGGCUCGUUGCGAGGAUUGUGGCUAUCCAGGAAAAGGUUGCUGAUAGUCAGGAUCCGGCGAGGAACCCGUACAGCCUCGUAGAUGGACUCAAGUAUCAUAUGCUAGAAGUGGAGCUUGUGAACCUUACUGCUCCUGAUCCCUCUGCUCGGAGGAAGGCACUUACCCCCAGCCGGGCAGAGGGGAACAGUAUGACAGCCUCUAUGCUCGCGUCGAUGUCCGGGUCCACGUCAGUGCAGCGUACCCACCCGGAAACCGAGGCCCCGACUUCGACUUCGACUCCCGUCCCGCUACCCUCGGCCUCUACCACGCUGCCGCAACGCUCUUCUCCCUUGAGUAGGAACUUUACACAGUCUUUGGUCCCUCUUCUCCUGCAUGAACAUCCUGCUCCUUCCCCCUUCUCUCCUAUCGUGUCCGCGUCCGGUGAAACUCCGACUCUCAGCAGGCCGCAACCCCAAGCCGAGCCCACUCUCCCAGAGUCAGAGAGCGAAGCUUCUACCACCCCAGCGCACUCGCACGAGCCUACGCCUGGGAUCCCGAUCCCAUUCACCGCCCCCCACCUGCCUGUCCCAGCUUCGACCCAACAUACCCUAAUCACCGAAGCCGAUCUGAUCCACCCCACUUCUCCCGUUAUGCCCCAUUCCCGGAGCGCCACCCCGGCGUCUAAUCGCGGGAGCUUUAGCUCCAUCCCCGGCAGACCGCUCUUAGGACCCGGACCCGGGAUGUCUGCCUCCCCCUCGACGUCGAGCAAGGCUGCUCCUACUACUGCGCUUAUGCAGACUUCGACACCCGGCGAGCCGGGAACGCCUUCCCCAGCAGAAUCGUUCGGCGCCGCAGCGCUCGAAGCGGCUAGAAAGCUCACCCCUUUGGCUUCCCCCACUUCCACCUCGGGGCAUGGUACGUUUGCCGCUAUCGCUAAUUUUGGAGCUACUUUCACUAGAAAGCGGACGGCGAGCACGGUUGCUACUUCUCAGUCCCAGGGAUUGGGCGUCUCUACGCCCACAGAGAGGAGGGAUGUUUCCGGAGCUGCGGAUCUGUUGAAGAGAUUCAGCCGGACUUAG